AUGAAGGAGAAGAUGCAGCUUAUGGUGGUUUUCAUGCUCCUUGGUGUUGCUUCUCCUAUGAACAAUGAAGGGAAAGCUUUGAUGGCUAUAAAAGGCUCAUUCAGCAACUUAGUGAACAUGCUUUUGGACUGGGACGAUGUUCACAACAAUGACUUCUGUUCUUGGAGAGGUGUUUACUGUGACAACCUCACCUUCUCUGUUGUCACACUGAACCUUUCGAAUCUGAACCUUGGAGGGGAGAUAUCUCCAGCUGUUGGAGACCUAAGGAACUUGCAAUCAAUAGACUUGCAAGGGAAUAAAUUGGCUGGUCAGAUUCCAGAUGAGAUUGGAAACUGUGCUUCUCUUGUUUAUCUGGACUUCUCUAAUAAUCUGUUAUAUGGAGACAUACCCUUCUCAAUCUCUAAACUCAAGCAGCUGGACACUCUGAACUUAAAGAACAAUCAGCUCACAGGCCCACUACCAGCAACUUUAACACAGAUUCCAAAUCUUAAGAUACUUGAUCUUGCAGGGAACCAUUUAACUGGUGAGAUACCAAGGUUACUCUACUGGAAUGAAGUUCUACAGUAUUUUGGCUUACGUGGGAAUAUGUUGACUGGAACGUUGUCUUCUGAUAUGUGUCAACUCACUGGUUUGUGGUAUUUUGAUGUGAGAGGCAAUAAUCUUACUGGAACUAUCCCGGAGAGCAUUGGCAAUUGCACAAGCUUUGAGAUCCUGUAUGUGUUUGCUUCUCAUACAAAUAAAUAUUAUUCCAGCAUAGUAACUGUACUGUGGACUUAUGUCUUUCUAUUUUACAGGGACGUAUCUUACAAUCAGAUAACUGGAGAGAUUCCAUACAACAUCGGUUUUCUCCAAGUAGCUACUCUGUCACUACAAGGAAACAGAUUAACAGGAAUGAUUCCGGAAGUUAUUGGUCUAAUGCAGGCUCUUGCUGUUUUGGAUUUGAGUGACAAUGAGCUAGUUGGUCCUAUCCCACCGAUACUUGGCAAUCUCUCAUUCACCGGGAAGCUGUAUCUUCAUGGCAACAAACUCAAUGGUCCCAUCCCAUCUGAGCUUGGCAACAUGUCACGCCUCAGCUACUUGCAACUAAAUGAUAAUCAACUAGUGGGAAGUAUCCCACCGGAGCUUGGGAAGCUUGAGCAAUUGUUUGAACUGAAUCUUGCCAACAACCGUUUGGUAGGGCCAAUACCAUCUAACAUCAGUUCAUGUGCAGCCUUGAAUCAAUUCAAUGUUCAUGGGAACCUCUUGAAUGGAUCCAUACCAUUGGCGUUCCGCAAUCUUGGGAGCUUGACUUAUCUCAAUCUUUCCUCCAACAAUUUCAAGGGUAAAAUACCAGCUGAGCUUGGGCACAUAAUCAAUCUUGACAAACUAGAUCUGUCUGGCAAUAACUUCUCAGGGUCUAUUCCAUUAACCCUUGGUGAUCUUGAACACCUUCUCAUCUUUGAUGUAUCAUUCAAUCUGCUCUCCGGAGUUAUACCCACUGAACUUGGCCAGUUGCAGAAUCUAAACUCUUUAAUAUUGAAUAACAACAAGCUUCAUGGGAAGAUACCGGAUCAGCUUACAAAUUGCUUCACUCUUAUCAAUCUGAAUGUUUCCUUCAACAAUCUCUCCGGGAUAAUCCCACAAAUGAAAAACUUCUCUCGUUUUGCUCCUGCCAGCUUCCUUGGGAAUCCAUAUCUUUGUGGAAACUGGGUUGGAUCUAUUUGUGGUCCUUCUUUGCCUAAGUCCAAAGUAUUCUCCAAAGCUGUUGUGAUCUGCAUUGUUCUCGGUUUCAUCACUCUCCUAUGUAUGAUACUCAUCGUGGUUGUCAAAUCUAAGCAGCAGAAAGAAAUAGUAAAAGGCUCCUCAAAACAACCUGAAGGCUCAACCAAGCUAGUGAUUCUCCACAUGGACAUGGCUAUCCACACAUUCGAUGAUAUCAUGAGAGUAACAGAGAAUUUCAACGAAAAGUUCAUCAUUGGAUACGGUGCUUCCAGCACUGUCUACAAAUGCACUUUGAAAACUUCCCGGCCUAUUGCCAUCAAGCGACUCUACAACCAGUAUCCACACAACUUACAUGAGUUCGAGACAGAGCUCGAAACCAUAGGACGCAUAAGACACAGAAACAUAGUCAGCUUGCACGGAUACGCCUUGUCUUCCGUUGGAAACCUUCUAUUCUAUGAUUACAUGGAAAAUGGAUCUCUUUGGGACCUUCUUCAUGUAGGGACAUUAAAGAAAGUGAAGCUUGAUUGGGAGACGAGGUUGAAGAUAGCUGUUGGAGCUGCACAAGGACUUGCCUAUCUUCACCAUGAUUGCACUCCUAGGAUCAUUCACCGUGACAUCAAGUCAUCGAAUAUACUUCUUGAUGAGAACUUUGUGGCGCAUUUAUCAGACUUUGGGAUCGCUAAGAGCAUACCAACGAGCAAAACACAUGCUUCCACUUAUGUUUUGGGGACUAUUGGUUAUAUAGACCCGGAGUAUGCUCGCACCUCACGUCUCAAUGAGAAGUCUGAUAUCUACAGCUUCGGGAUUGUUCUUCUUGAGCUUCUUACAGGGAAGAAAGCUGUGGAUAACGAAGCUAACUUGCAUCAACUGAUCUUGUCAAAGGCUGAUGAUAAUACUGUGAUGGAAGCGGUUGAUCCAGAGGUUACUGUGACUUGUAUGGACUUGGGACAUAUCAGGAAGACAUUCAAGCUAGCUCUUUUGUGCACAAAGAGAAACCCUUUGGAGAGACCUACCAUGCUUGAAGUCUCUAGGGUUCUGCUCUCUCUUCUCCCAUCUAUGCAAGUUGCUAAGAAGCUGCCUUCUCCUGAUCCAUCAAAGAAGCCUACUGACUAUGGAGUUCGGGAGGACCAGCAAAGGCAGAUGCAAGAGAGGAGUGAAGAAGGAUCACAAUGGUUUGAUCAGUUCCAUGAAGUUAUCUCCAAAAGUAGCGUUUAAAAGCUUCUUCUAGGGUUUUUGCUUUGCUUUCUUGUUUCCCAAGGAAGAUGGUGUUGCUGUUUGGAAGUAAGGGAUGGUUUUUUAGUUAAUCUAGUGUAGUACAAGGGGCAUUUUGGGUAAGGAAAAAAGAAGGUAUGUUUGGUGUGGGAAGCAUUUAAGACAAGAACAAAGGUUAUAUGAGAAAAGGAUAUUGUGAAGUUAAUGUUUGUUUUCUCCCAA